GGGAGACGGAGCGGCCAUGUUGCGCUGUUGAUGUUUUUUUUAUAGGACGCGAACAGCAGACGGGAUCGGCCUGGAGCCGGGAUUCAAAACUCAAUCCGAGUCCAUCCGCAGCGAAGCGGGGCUGUCCACGCACGACCGAGGGUAUUCAGAGUAUCAAAACCCAACACUUGUUUGCACUUGAGAAAAAGCCAAUCUACAACAAACUGAAAAGAUAAAUAUCUACAAAAAAAACCAAACUGAUAUAUAUCUGGAUCACUGUGAAGCGACUUGCUUUUUUUUAAUAGGAAAAUAAACUGUUGAAUUUACUAUAAAUGACAAGAGGAUUAAACACCUUGUAAAGUUUAAAAAAACAACGAAGCAAACUUUAGACUUUUGUCCUAGUGGAAGCUGUGCCUAGGGUCAGCGCGGAAGAGGCUCCACUGUGUGUACUGAGCAGCAGUUUUUGAAGCCAGCCUCUUCUAUAUAUAUUCUCUUCAUUUGCGAAGAGCAUUUCUUUACUGACUUAUCAAAACUUAAACGCGUCUGCGUGUGUUUUAUUACAAGCUUUCAAAGGAGCGUUUCAAACGGGGGCGGGGGGCGGGACAAACUCUGUCUUGUAAUCGCACACGAUAAUACGUUUUGAAGUUUUUAAAAGGAAACAAAACGAAAAAGAAAUAAAAUUCGGAGGGGAGGGGAGAGAAAAAAAAAAACCAAAAAACGUGCAGUAUGGCCACCGCCAGGACCGAGAACCCUACCCCGAUGCUGAUGGGACUGAGCAAACAGAACGGGCAGCUGAGAGGACAGCAAAAGUCGGCUCCCCCUCAGUCAGGACCCCCUGGGAUCGGGCACCCAGUCAAGCCCCCUCACCUGCUGCAGAGCGCUGCCCCUCAGAAGGCUGGAGCUCCUCAGAACAGUGGAGGGAUCAGGUUCGGGGAUGACUGGAAGAAGAAUCUCCAGCUCCCUCCAAAGGAUAUGAGAAUCAGGACUUCAGAUGUAACUUCCACAAAAGGCAACGAGUUUGAAGAUUACUGUUUGAAACGGGAGCUGCUGAUGGGAAUCUUCGAGAUGGGCUGGGAGAAGCCCUCGCCCAUUCAGGAGGAGAGCAUGCCCAUUGCGCUGUCCGGCCGGGACAUUCUGGCCAGAGCCAAAAACGGGACGGGCAAGAGCGGCGCCUACCUCAUCCCGCUUCUGGAACGGCUGGACCUGAAGAAGGACAAUAUCCAGGCGAUCGUCAUGGUUCCCACUCGCGAGCUCGCUCUGCAGGUCAGUCAGAUCUGCAUCCAGAUCAGCAAACACAUGGGAGAGGUCAAGGUGAUGGCCACCACAGGAGGGACUAACCUGCGUGAUGACAUCAUGAGACUGGACGAGACCGUCCAUGUGAUCAUCGCCACGCCCGGCAGAAUUGUGGACCUGAUUAAGAAAGGAGUUGCCAAAGUGGACCGGGUCCAGGUGAUGGUGAUGGAUGAGGCUGACAAGCUCCUGUCUCAGGACUUUGUGGUCCUAAUUGAGGAGAUCAUCAGCUACCUCCCCAAAAACAGACAGAUCCUGCUCUACUCUGCCACCUUCCCCAUCAGCGUCCAGAAAUUCAUGAGCAAGCACCUGCAGAAGCCCUAUGAGAUUAACCUGAUGGACGAGCUCACUCUGAAAGGCAUCACUCAGUUCUACGCCUACGUGACGGAGAGGCAGAAAGUGCACUGCCUGAACACUCUCUUCUCCAGGCUGCAAAUUAACCAGUCGAUCAUCUUCUGCAACUCGACCCAGCGAGUGGAGCUUCUGGCCAAAAAAAUCACUCAGCUGGGCUACUCCUGCUUCUACAUCCACGCCAAGAUGAUGCAGGAGUACAGAAACCGCGUGUUCCACGACUUCAGAAACGGAUUGUGUAGAAACCUGGUGUGCACAGAUCUGUUCACGAGAGGCAUCGAUAUCCAGGCAGUGAACGUGGUAAUCAACUUCGACUUCCCAAAGAACGCAGAGACGUACCUGCACCGCAUCGGCCGAUCAGGGCGUUUUGGUCACCUGGGUCUGGCGAUCAACCUGAUCACAUCGGAGGAUCGCUUCAACCUGAAAUCCAUCGAGGACCAGCUGGUGACGGAGAUCAAGCCCAUCCCGAGCAGCAUCGACAAGAGCCUGUACGUGGCGGAGUACCACUCAGAGCUGCACGGGCAGGAGCCCCGCGACGGGGCGCUGGAGGAGCAGCCCUAACGGGCUGUUGGGCAGCAGGGUGGCUUUGUCUUCUCCAGAGGGAUGUAUUUGGUACUGUAGUGCUGCACAAAGACUUCUCGAACUUGGAAACAAAUUCUCUAUAUCAAUCCCAUAUUUUCAAGUAGCCUGGAUCUGCAAUCUUUUUUUUUUUUUUUUUAAAUCAUUACUCAAAGAAAACCAGGCAACCCCCCCCCCCCCCCCCCCCCCCCCCUGAAAAAAAGGUUUUCCUAGCUGAUAACUUUUCAAGCAACACUGAACUCCAUAAAGCUAUAAUACCCCUUCACUGCCUCUGAAAUCAUACCCCUACCCCCAUUCCUUCAUCACCAGGAGGGAGCGAGUCAACUAUCCCGUGACUGAUUGAUUAUAUCCCCCAUUCCUUCUUGGUCCUCAUACCCAAACCUGUUAGUCUGUCCCCUGUAGUUGUGUCUCUGCAGUAUCAAGUGCCUUAUCGCUCCCUCCUGGUUUAAUGCAGCGUCCCUCAACACACACACUGCUGCUUGUUUUAUUUUCUGUUCGUUUCUUGGUAGUUUUAGUAUCAGUGCUGCUGCUCCAGCCCCACUUUCUCGUUCUCCUUUUUCACUUUGUAGUCCAGACUUCACCCCGCCUCUCUGCAUCUCCCAGUCGCAGGAGGAAUCUUUACAUCUCGUUAAAGGACAGCUCUCAAGCCGACGCAGGAGAGGAAUUCAAGAUAAAUACAAAACAGAAUUCAAAGGGUUUUUUUUUUUUUUUUUUCUUCUAACCCCUGCUUAUAACAAAACUGUAGAGCCUGUUUUAUUAUUAGAAUUAUUCCAAGGCAAGACAGGAGUUGGGGGCAAGUCUCAAGUUCUUAAGAGCAAUGUGUUAAUUUUUUGGAAAAUUUACAGCAGGCUCAGUGCUGAAUUCUAAUGAAUAUUUACAACAAGCAGGCUUUUUUUUUUCUUUUUUGGCAAAGCAUGGGGGGGGGGGGC